GAUUGUUCUUUCACCGCCAACUUUCAACCCAAUGCAGUGGCCCAAAGUUCUGAAACCUUCCAACCAGCCCCACCAGAGAUUCAACUAAUCCCGUAUAGCUGCUCGCGGAGGUUUUGGUGCUCCAAGUUGACCACCCUGAGAACAAUUUCCUUGCACGAUCCGCCUCUGGUGCACCAGUAACCUCACAGACUGGUUGUAAUGCUUCAAGUGGAUCAGCCCCGGAGAAAAGCAAUAAUGCGAUGGAGAAUUAUUACCACCAGACAGGACCUACAGCACCAGCAGCUUCACAGGCAGACACUCUUUCCGUUCCAGUAGGACUACCUGCGAAACCUCAACAGAAGGACAACAAAUGUGAUACUAAAACAAUAGUUCGGGAUGAUAGAUUUAGCCGAGGGCUUGAUAAUUUGGACAUAUCUGGACCUCUAAAACCAAUCCUCUGGCGGAUAUUGGAGUUAAUUUAUGUCCAUCAUAGGGAGAAGAGAGAGAAAGCUGUCCACACAAACGGCUGUAACGUCUAUAAUUCCUUUGUAAAAGCUAUGGGAUCUUGUUCUGGAAUGGGAUGUGCAGGUGCAAGCUCAAGCUCUCUCUCCUUCUAUCGUCGUCUUUAUCGAACCACAAGAAUAAAAUCACUUAUUACCCCAACCAACAAAACCCCACUAUUUUUGUAUGAUAUUGUGCUGAAAGAACUAUAAACAAUGUAAUUUGCUACGACUGUCAAG